AAUUAUCUUUAAGAAGUAAACUGGUUUUUUAAUUCUAAUAUUUUAUAUUUAUAUUAGAUUUUUAAUUUUGUUUUUUUGUAAUGCCAUUUAUUACAUUAUGCGUAUUGGCUGAUGAUAAUCAUGAAUAAUUGGUUUUUUGUUACAGAUAUUAGGUUAAAACCUUGCUUCGUUAAACUUUUGCUGCCAAGCAAUCGAUUCUAUGAUCAAGCAUCAAAUUUCCGCAAAAAAUUCCGCUGUUCCAACAACUGCGGGAGUUCCUUCACACAUCGCGGUUCCCUGACGAGACAUUUGCGUUAUGAGUGUCAACGGAGUCCACGGUUCAAGUGUCCAAACUGCAAUUUGCUCUCAAAACGGUGCUCCGAUAUCUACAAGCAUAUACGCGUGAAGCACCGAGAUAAUGAGGUGUGUCUAAUGCAGUCCUACGACUGUGUCGCCAUUACGGAAAAGUACCCGUGUCCGAAGUGCAAUCGUAUCUUCGAAAAGAAGGGCAGCCUGAGUAGUCAUCUAUUGUACGCCUGCGGAAUAGAACCGCGAUUCCAGUGCCCAUAUUGCGAUUUCCGCUCAAAAUGGUCCUUUGAUGUCUACAAGCACGUGCGUAGGAAACAUCAAGACACCGCCGUACGUUGUAUUGACAUCAGCAGAAAUUGAAGACACGAACUUUCUCAGAAAAAGUUUUUCUAACCAUAAAUGCUCUUGCGUCUAUCACAUAGAAGAUUACAUCGUGUACAAUAUUUAAUUAUUGUCAAUUUAGUAAAAAAUUUGCAGCGAAAUACUCACCUGUCUUAUCACGCUAUGUAUUAUGCCUUAAAAAAAAGGUUUCCUUUGUUGUUAAACAUGGGCGUAUCUAGAAUUUUUUUCUUGGAGAGAAAGAGGAAAUUAUCAAUUGUAUUAACAUAUGAACAAUAAUUUUUUGUAUUAAUGAAUUACUUUUUUUAGUAUAAACAGAGCUUAGAAUUCGAUUAUAUUACUAAUAAUUUCUCUUGUUUUAGUUACAUCAAGACAAUGCUACAUUUUACUAUUUAGUAUAUUAUACAUUUGUGUAUAAAAAAUAUACUUCUAAUAUUUUGUCACUUGUGAAUAAAUUUGAUAAAUAAAUCAUCUUUGAGCUAAGUAUUUUUUUUUAAUGGUUAUUUGUUAUUUCUUGUUGCUGUAUGAUUAAAUGUGAACACAUCAAAGCAAAUAUCUUACUGACAUACGUUUUUUGUUUGCAUUUUUUUUCAGGAAACCAGAUGUAUCUAGUGGCGAAAUUGCAGCCUUACAACUUUAUCUCCAAUAAGGAAAAGUAUCCGUGCCCGAAAUGUGAUCGUAUCUUUGAGAAGAAGGGCAGUUUGAAUAGACAUUUGUUGUAUGCCUGCGGCAAGAAACCGCGAUUCAAAUGCCCCUAUUGUGGAUAUUGUUGCAACUUACGUAGUAAUGUCUACAGACACGUACGCAACAGUCACAAGAGGAACGAGGUGUUUACGAUGGACAUCGUCAGGAAUUGUGUCAUGAAGCCGCACUGAUUGUUUUAUGUUUAAUUAUUGUUUAUCAACGACUCAUUAAUAGAUCUCUCUACAACUCUGAGUUAUAAACAAGACUGGAAAUAUUUUACGUUUUUAUGUACCUGAUAGUAGGUCGUGAUGAUGACGCUAAAUAUACACUUUAUGGAAAGUGUUUUUAGAACGCAAAUACUUCAAAAAUACUGCAUUAUAAAAUUAUUAAAUUUUUUUUAUUUUAAAAUUUGAUUAUAUAUCACAAUUGUACGCCUGUCUUUUACUGCAAGUAUUAUUUUUUGAAAUAAAAUACUUUGUUUUUACAUUUA